AGCGGCGGGGUGUGGGGGGGCGCUGGGAGGUGGGGGUGGCGUCUUUGUAGGGGCCCGGAGGCAGGGCGCGCGAGGGGGGAACCUGGGGGCGCGGGGCGGACGGGCUGCCAGGGUGAGUGGGCGAGAGCCCCCCCCCCCGGCCCAGGUAGGGCUGGUGGGGGAGGGGGCAGGAACCCAAACUCUCCGGGAGUGGAGGGGGGGCGGGGAGAAGGGAGAAGAUGGGGGGUGCUUCCCUCGCUGCGUCCCAAACAAAGUGUCACAAAGAGCUCGGCCCGCGGCUGCGGCGGCGGAGGCGGCUGUAACUCAGCUUUUGUUCUCCCGGCCGGGGGUAGCUGGGCCCUGGCUUCGCUAUCUCCCGACCCUGGCCCCCAUCUUCCUUGCGGCUUCCCUUCCCUGGGAGGGGUAUGGGGUGCUGCCGGAAGCACCCCUCGCGGGGGAUCUGAGGCCCCAGCCGGCCGAUUUCUCUGGGAGGGGGUUUUUCCCAUAGGCCCCUCCUGCCCUCUCCACCUCCGCCACCCCCCCACCCCGUUUCUGAAGACCAAGGCGCCUGUAGGGUGCCAUGUCUCUAGACUUUAGUAGGGUCAGCGCCGGUGAAUGGGGGGCUCAGGGCCGACUGCACGCCUCCUCCCCCCGGAUCAGGGCCUCCCAGAACUUGGAGAAGCAGGGUCGAGUUAGGACAUGCCUCUGGGAUGAGAUUGGCCACCAGGGGCGGUGGGUGGCGGCAGGUGUACCUCCUCCUGCAAAACUGGGGCCGCAGACCCGAGGCUCCUCGGCACCUGUUGCCUUCAUUAGCAGCUUUCCCUGCUCUUCCCUGCACUCCCCAGAACCAAAGAAUGUGAAGGGCGUCCAUGGAGGGCUCACGUCUCCGCGCGCCAGGCGGCCAUUUAACGCCGUCACCACCGGCCUUUGACGGCGAGCUGGAUUUGCAACGUUACUCCAACGGGCCAGGCGUGAGCGCGGGGUCGCCCGGGAUGGGAACGGUGGGCUGGUCUGAGAGUCGAGCUGGCGAGCGGCGCUUCCCUUGCCCGGUGUGCGGGAAGCGUUUCCGCUUCAACUCCAUCCUGGCCCUACACCUGCGGGCGCACCCAGGUGCACAGGCCUUCCAGUGCCCGCACUGCGGCCACCGCGCUGCGCAGCGGGCCCUGUUGCGCUCGCACCUGCGCACGCACCAGCCCGAGCGCCCUCGCAGUCCCGCCGCGCGCCUGUUGCUGGAAUUGGAAGAACGUGCACUGCUGCGCGAAGCCCGACAGGGAAGGGCCCGAAGCUCGGGAGCCAUGCAGGCCGCUCCCGCCGCCGCCGCCGAGGGUCUGGCACGGCCUCAGGGCCCCUCGCCAUCCGCCUUCCGUUGCCCCUUCUGCAAAGGCAAGUUCCGCACCUCUGCGGAGCGGGAACGCCAUCUGCACAUCCUGCACAGGCCCUGGAAGUGUGGCCUGUGCAGUUUCGGCUCCAGCCACGAGGAGGAGCUGCUGCACCACAGCCUGACGGCCCACGGGGCUCCCGAGCGCCCCCUGGCGGCCGCCUCCGCCGCACCCCAGCCUCCGCCUCAGCCCGAACCCCGAUCGGUGCCAGAACCGGAGCCUGAGCCGGAGCCCGAACCCGAGGCCACGCCGGCUCCUGCCCCGGCCGCCCCCGAGGAGCCGCCCGCGCCUCCGGAGUUCCGCUGCCAAGUGUGCGGCCAGAGCUUUACCCAGUCGUGGUUUCUCAAGGGCCACAUGCGCAAGCACAAGGCCUCCUUCGACCACGCGUGUCCCGUGUGCGGUCGCUGCUUCAAGGAGCCCUGGUUCCUCAAGAACCACAUGAAGGUGCACGCCAGUAAGCUGGGCCCGCUGCGCGCUGCCCCGGCGGGGCCCGGCUCGGGGCCUGCCCGGGCUCCCCAGCCUCCCGACCUGGGCCUGCUGGCCUACGAGCCGCUGGGCCCCGCGCUGCUGCUGGCCCCCGCGCCCACCCCUGCCGAGCGCCGGGAGCCCCCGAGCCUCCUGGGCUACCUGAGCCUGCGAGCUGGCGAGGCCCGGCCCAACGGCGAGGGCGCCGAGCCCGGUGUCGGCCGCGGCUUCGGAGGCUUCCGCCCGCUGCCUUCUUCCCUGCCGGCCCGAGCUCGCCGGCAGCGCGCUGGGGAGCAGGACGAGGAAGAGGAGGUGGUGGAGGCCGAGGAGGAGACCUGGGCCCGGGGCCGGUCGCUGGCCCCCCUGGCUUCCGUGCACCCGCGUGCCGCGGGCGACGGGCCCGGGCACUCCACACCUGCCGCGGGCACCCAGGCGAGAUCCUCGGGCACGCAGGAGGAGAAUGGGCUGCUGGUUGGAGGGACCCGGCCUGAAGGGGGCCGCGGGGCCACCGGCAAGGACUGUCCCUUCUGUGGGAAGUCCUUCCGCUCAGCGCAUCACCUCAAGGUGCAUCUGCGGGUGCACACAGGUGAGCGUCCCUACAAAUGUCCGCACUGCGAUUACGCGGGCACCCAGUCCGGCUCUCUCAAGUACCACCUGCAGCGCCACCACCGCGAGCAGAAAAGCGGGGCGGGCCCUGGGCCCCCUCCGGAGCCGCCACCACCCCCUUCCCAGCGGGGUUCAGCCCCGCCGUCCGGAGCCAAGCAGGCGCAGCAGCCUGCGAGCUGGGUGGAGGCUGCUGUGAGCCCCCGGCCUCCCUCGAGCGGCGCCGGGCCGGGGUCCCGCAGGAAGCCCGCUAGUCCCGGGAGGACCCUGCGCAACGGGCGAGGAGGCGGUGAGGCCGAACCCCUGGACCUGUCCCUGCGGGCGGGGCCGGGGAGCGAGGCUGGCGGCCCCGGGGGCACCCUCCACCGCUGUCUCUUCUGCCCUUUUGCCACUGGAGCUGCCGAGCUCAUGGCCUUGCACCUGCAGGUGCACCACAGCCGCCGUGCCCGGGGCCGCCGGCUGCCCCAGGCCGACGCUUCUCCGCCCUAUACCCGUGCGCCCUCGGGAGAGACCCCGCCCAGCCCCCCGUUGGAGGGGGAGGACGGCCCCGGUCUGUCGAGGUCGGGAGAAGCAGGGCUAGGGGGGCAGGAACGGUAGGGUAGCCCUGUUAGGGGGUGAUUAGCUUAGUGAGUUCGCCACGCUGGAGCGGUGGCGAGCGCUAGAGGUAGUAGGGUAGAGCAGCCAGCAGGGGGCAGCGUGGGAUCCACAUCCCAGCCCCAGGCGGACCAGCUGGUGGAGGGGGUGGCGGGCGUAGGAGGGUGGGCCUGCGGAACCCACUCAGCCCAGAGGAGUCACAGUGCCUUAGAAGUGGCAGAGGUGAGGGUCAGAAAACGGGGUCCCGGGGCUGGCAGAGAAGGGUGUGCGCCUGCCUAGGAGCCGCUCUGCCAGUCUGCUGGUCCAUAGGCGUGAAAGUAUAUUUUUGUACAAGGGUGGGGGUGGGGGCACUGUACCCUUCUUGCCCCAUCGGGGCCCUGUAGACGUCGCUAUUUUUGGUACGAUUCCUGUCCUCCCUGUUUCAAAGUCGUGUCCCCAAUAAACAGGUGUCUUGAGGCACAGA